CAUGUUAAAUGUUAUCUGGGUCUGUUUGCGCCGGCCAAUAGGAGACCGAGUUUGUUGUCUUGUCUACCUUUGUGUCGACGGAUCUUUUCAGAACUCUACCGGAGACUGCGGAAAAGAGAAGAUGGCUGGAUGCUGCUGCAGGGUUCUAGAGAUCCUGUGCGCGAUCCUCCUCCCACCUCUCGGCGUCUGCUUCAGGCACGGCUGCUGCAGCCUGGAGUUCUUCAUCUGUUUGGUGCUGACCAUACUCGGCUAUAUCCCCGGGGUGAUCUACGCUCUCUACGUGAUCUUGUGUGUCCAACCCGUGGAUUACUACGUCCUUGUUUAGGCCCAAUACUGCCAGGAUCGCUCUUCACCCACCUAUUGAACUAAGAAGUUGUCAUCUUUCUUAUUGCUUGUGCUACGAAUAAUUGCGUUUUCUCCGGGAUGAUGUACUGUUUUCUCGAUUAUUUGGAUUGACUGCGUAUUGCUUGAUGUUUUGCCAA